CCUACAGCCUCAAUGAGCCUUGAUAACUCCAGUUAUGCAAGCGCCGCUGGUGUGGAUGGGCCUUCAGCCCUGGAGAUAAGUCCGCCCAGUCUUUCGCCUUCUAUGGGCGACAUGCACAACAACAACAACAACAACAACAACAACAACAACAACAACAACAACAACAACAACAACAACAACAACAACAACAACAACAACAACAACAACAACAACAACAACAACAACAACAACAACAACAACAACAACAACAACAACAACAACAACAACAACAACAAAUAGUAGAAGAAAGCCCAUUCGCUGCU